UUUUUUUUUUAAAAAACUAUAGUUCGGCCCUCCAACAGACUGAGGGACAGUGAACUGGCCCCCUGUUUAAAAAGUUUGAGGACCUCUGGUAUAGACUCUAGAGCUCCAUUAUCUGGGUUCAAAUCCUGGCUACUUCAUUUACUAGGUGUAUAACCUUAAGAAAGUUAGUUAACUCAUCUGUGCUUCACUUCCUUCCUCUGUAAAAUGAAGGCAGUAAUAGUACCUAUCUCGUAGAAUUGUUACGGAGUUUAAAUGAGGUUUUUUUUUUGAGAAGGGGUCUCACUCCUUUGCCCCAUGCUAGAAUGCUAUGGGGUCACUGCUCACAGCAAUCUCAAACUUCUGGGCUCAAACAAUCCUCCUGACUCAGCCUCCCUAGUAGCUGGGACUAUAGGUGCCCGCCAUAAUGCCCAGCUAUUUUUUUUAGAGACUGAGUCUCACUCUUGCUCAGGCUGAUCUUGAACUCCUGAGCUUAAGCAAUCUACCUGCCUAGGCCUUCCAGAGUACUAAGAUUACAGGCAUGAGCCACCAUGCCUGGCCAAUGAGUUAAUAUUUUUAAAGUGCUUGUAUUAGUGCUGGGCACAUAUAAGUGCUAUAUAAGUAUUAAAUGAAAUGAAUUCAUUCAUUCAUUCACAAUAUUUACCAACCAGCUUCUAUGUGCUAGGCUCUGUUGACUGCUGGGGACAUAGCAGUGAAAAUCAAGAUAGGUGAAAAUCAUGGUCCUCAGGGAACUUACACUCUAGUGCCAAGGAAGAAUGGUGAUGACAGGUCCAAGUGGAAGCAUAAGAGAUGUGCAUGAGUUGGGAAGGUCACUAGCCUAGGACCUGGUACAUAGUGGGGCUCAGGAGAUGGAAAGGGGAAGGAAGACCCUGAACAAGCAGCAGAGUGGAAUCUCUAGUAGACACACUGGGGCUGCUGAAAUACUCAGUUAACAAUCAUUGCUCCCAUCGUAUAAUGGCAGCAAACACUUGCACGCACUCUUUCAUACCUGACACUAUUCUGUUAAUUUUACGUAUGUCAUCUCAUUUAAUUCUUACAGUAACCUAUGACUUUGGUACUAUUAUUAUUAUCAUUUUUCAAAUGGGAACCGAGGCAUAGAAAGGUUAAGUAACUUGCUUCAUAGCAACUUGCUUGUAGGUUAGUAAGUAGGGAUUCUAGCCCAGGUCAUCUAAUGGUGGCAGGACUGGACUUGCAGGUAGAGGGGACAUGACAGGUUGCUAAACCUCAGGACCAGGUAGGACCAACAGGUAGAGCAGGGUAGGACCAACAACAUCUCCAGCAGUUAGCUCCAACCCAGCAGGUAUGGGAAACAGACCCCAUGAUUGGAGAAAAUUCAGUGGUGUAGGCAGUCUACUUCCUCCUUCCCCCAGAUAAUCCAAACCAGGGCAUCAACAGGUGGCUGCAAGUCCCCAAGAGUAGCUGGAACAUGGGGAGAUACCCCUAGCUGGUAUUUUCCUGGUAUCAUAGUGUAGUGUUAAGGAAUAUAUUCCUCCCCAACACCUACACAGAUUGAAGGGAAUGAACAUCCUUUCAACGCCUACAUAUCCAAGACCCAAUAUACACAAUAAACACUUCAAGGUUGCUCAGAGGGCCUGGGAUGAACAAAGAGUUCAGCUCUGGAUUGCUCCAUGAACCAGUCUCUCCAAAUGGUCUGCCCCCUCCACACCACCACCAUAGGCUUUGAGUCCAGCCUCCUGCCACAGUAAGUCACUGUUCCAAAGCCCUGUAAUCCCACCUAGAAACCACAAAUGAAACACUAGAUAUUAUAAUCCUGAGAAGCUUAACAGGCACCAAUGAAUCCAGAUUAUAGCUUGGGACCAAGAAGUCAAGUCAUCAAGAGGCUAGAACCAGGGCGGUGCCUGUGGCUCAAGGAGUAGGGCACCGGUCCCACAUGCCAGAGGUGGCGGGUUCAAACCCAGCUCCGGCCAAAAAUCACAAAAAAAAAAAAAAAAAAAAGAGGCUAGGACCAGAAAGAGGCGAAUGGAACUGGUGGAUCCAAAGAGAGCUGGAGCUCACAGUAAAACACCAGGGAGGGGAGAACCCUCAACAGUUUACAUCCUUCUUAACCUCACCUGAAAUCCUACCUUAGGCAAGGCAGAAAUUACGCAACCAAGUUGUCAAAUGGGGAAAUUGAGUCCCAGAGAGGAACAGUGAAUUAUUUAAGACCGCAAUCGCACUCAGAACUUGGAGUUAGGCAUCCAACAGCCCUUCCAUUGUACAAAGAAACAGAGAGAAGAGAGAGGGGGGUCCAGGUGGUGGUAGAGAGAAAUAGUGCAGGGAGUUAGGAGACAAGUGGCAGUUAAUAGGAGAGGCAGAAUCUGAUAUGGAAGAGCAGAUAAAUGCUUCCUCAUGAUCUAACUGGGCAGGGCUUGGCCUUCUGAAAAUCUCUCCAACCUUGGAUUCCAUCUGUGGGCUGAUGAGGGCAACACCAUCCUACUCCCAAUCCCAGGCAAGGUGGGUUUUAAAGGAAGAGAAGGACUAAAGCACCUCACAUAUAAUCAGACAUUACUUAACAGUUUCCAACCUCAUAAUCUUUGAAUUUUAGAGCACAGAAUACCCCCUAAAACAAUUUCCUUAUCCUCCUACUGUUAUCUAUUGUACUGAUGGGAGAUCAAGGCCUGGAAAAAAAAAGCAACUUUCUGGAAAUCCAUAGCAACUCAGGAAUUUAGGUUUCCUGACCAGGGCACACUAGAGAGGGACUAUUCCUUCUCUUGCUUGAACCUUCUCAUAAGCUUCCUGGAAAGAGCCCUGGGAUCCAGAAGACCUAAUAUUCAUUCCUAGAUAUGCUGAGACUCACCAAAUGACCAUUGGGAUGUCUAUAGAAUGUAAGCUACACAAGUGCAGGUAUUCUAAGUCCAGCCCCUAGAACAGUGUCUAGUCCAUCAAUAUGUGCCCAAUAAAUAUCCAUUAAAUUAACUACAUAGAAGGUUAGGGAAGUGUCAUAGUGAGAAAGCCUGAAGCCUAAAGUUCAGGGAACCAUGACCUUUAUCUUCAGAUACAUGAAAGGCUAAAAUUCUGUCCCUGUCCACAAACAUUUAUAGAAGGCCCAUUAUGUGUUAGGCACCAAAUUAGGUGGUGGGGUUCAGUUAAGAACAAAGUCACAUGCCCUGACCUCAGAUGAAAGGUUGGGGUUUGGGGGUGUAAAUGGCAGGGAAGCAGCCUACUCAACGUAAUACAGACAGUUUUCUCAGUCUCAGCUGCCUUGAAAUGGUCUCGGCUGCUUGCUCAGAAGGUGAUGAGUGCAGCAGGACUGCAGUGUUCCAGAAGGGCGCGGGCCGCCCACCUGUCUGUCAGAGGCUGCGCAAGGAGUCUGCAGAGAAGAGAUUCCUGGGUUGGGUGAGGUAAUUUCCCACCCCCAGAUUCCCUGCCUACAAAACACUGCAAUUCUCUGAUGCUAAAGACUCCGAUCUUAUUACUUCCUGACUUUCAAGGUCUCAUGAUGCUGACAGUUGUCAGUCUGCCCACACCCACUGGACUCAAAAUAAAUAAAGGCGAGUUUAGCAAGGGUCCUACAUCACCCCCUGCCUCAAAAGGUCUUGGGGUGGUCGGCGCCCGCUUCCCCAACUCCUGGGGGCUGCAAGGGUGUAACACGAACGCCAGGAUGCUGGGGACGUCCCAAGAAGGAUGUGCUGGAGAUGGCGUUAACAGACCCAGGACACGUGACAGUCAAAACAUCACGUUCUGCGGUCCGCUAGGCUGGAACCAGGCUGGUCACGUGACACUGGGGGUGCACCAUGGGGUGAUGUGAGAUGUGGGUCUCUCAGAUUACGCACAAAUGACGCAUUCCCACCACUUUUGGCAACCAGAUUUUCGUUGGAAGAUGGGACAGUUCCGGUAAAGGAGGUGGAUUCUCACGUCCAGGCAGCUUCGCUUCCGUUCGGGGCGCCACAGCUUCCGACUUCUAACCUCCGCCUCUCCCUCAGGGGGAUGACAGCUCAGAUGAAGAAGACAAGGAGCGGAUCGCGCUGGUGAUGCACCCAGGCACUGCUCGGCUGGGGAGCCCAGACGAUGAGUUCUUCCAGAAGUUCUCUCGGUCACCCUCCCCAGGUCCGGACAAUUCGGCAGACUAUUGUCAAGCUGGAGAAUAAAGUCCAGGAGUUGGAGAAGCAGCAGGUCACCAUCCUAGCCACGCCCCUUCCCGAGGAGAGCAUGAAGCAGGACCUGCAGAACCUGCGCGACGAGAUCAAACAGCUUGGAAGGGAGAUUCGCAUGCAGCUGAAGGCCAUAGAGCCCCAGAAAGAGGAAGCUGAUGAGAAUUAUAACUCCAUCAACACGAGAAUGAGAAAAACACAGCAUGGAGUUCUGUCCCAGCAAUUUGUAGAGCUCAUCAACAAGUGCAACUCUAUGCAGUCUGAGUACCGGGAGAAGAAUGUGGAGCGAAUUCGGAGGCAGCUGAAGAUCACCAAUGCUGGAAUGGUGUCUGAUGAGGAGCUGGAGCAGAUGCUGGACAGUGGGCAGAGUGAGGUGUUUGUGUCCAAUAUACUGAAGGACACACAAGUGACUCGACAGGCCCUAAAUGAGAUCUCAGCCAGGCACAGUGAGAUCCAGCAGCUUGAACGCAGUAUCCGUGAACUACAUGAGAUCUUCACUUUUCUGGCCACUGAGGUGGAGAUGCAGGGGGAGAUGAUCAACCGGAUUGAGAAGAACAUCCUUAGCUCAGCGGACUAUGUGGAACGUGGGCAGGAACAUGUCAAGGUAGCCCUGGAGAACCAGAAGAAGGCGAGGAAGAAGAAAGUCUUGAUUGCCAUCUGCCUGUCCAUCAUUGUCAUCAUACUGGCAAUCAUCAUUGGCGUCAGCACAGUGUUUGGAUAAUGCUGCAUAUUCUUGGAGAUACUGUGGGUCUGCCCUGGGUGCCUCAUCCCUGGCUCCAGCCUUCCCUUUUCCCCUCAGACCUUCUUCUCCCUCCUUCACUUGUAGGCACUGGGAGCACCAGGGACACAGGGCCUGGCCUUCUCUCCCGGUGGCUGGGGAGCAGGGCAGAGCCUCCAGCUGGACCCCCUUCCUCACACUGGCCCCUGUGUAGAGGAGCAAAUGGUUCUUCUGGGGUUGGCAGCUGCUCAUUUAUGGGGGCCUCCCUUGUCAGGCCAUAAUGUCUAGAGGUGGGCCUAUCGCGUCCUCUUUGGCUGGGACAUGUGGUUUUAUAAAAAAUUAAAAAAAAAGAAGAAGAAAAAUAGCUGGACACCCCUGUGCAUGUGUAUUCCUGGAACAGCUACCUCUAGGCCUAAAGGUUACCCAGCCUCCCACCUCCUAGCAAUCCCUGGGGCCAGGGCCAGGCCCAGCCCAGCAGGCUUAGGUCAGACUGCCUUAGGUGCUGUACCCACAGUAGGCGGGUUCUGCCCUUUUACUCUCCUAUAGGAUUCGGGGGGUGGAAAGGGCCAACACCCACAUCUGGCUCCCAGCUCAGUACUGCCACUGGGAAAAGACCACCGUGAGUACCUAUGCCUGAAGAAAUAAGGCUGGCCAGGCCAGGCUGGGACACAGGUUAGAUGGUGUGUGAGGGGGCCAUUAUGGGCAUUCCUAUGGCCUAGAGGAAGGGGCACCAGGGAACAGUCAUUAACUGAGGCUGUCACUUUGCAUACAGUUGACAGGGAAGGUUUGGUCUCAGAAAGGGCAAUAUUUGAGCAGAAUGGUGAGUGAGGAGGAGGGUUUGCCAGGCAGAAGGAUUAGUAGACCAGACCCGAGACUAGAAAUAGCCAUUGCUUUUUAUAUGUAAGGCUUCAGCAUAGUGAGCUAGUGACCUGGUUCAGUACACCUGGGUUUUAAGGGAUUAUCUGGCUGAAGGAGGUAGUAUAGUAGAGGCAGAGAAAUCCACCCCUGUUUUUUUCUAUAAGGCACCUGAACUCCAAGCCCUAACUAAAUUUUCUUUCUUUUUUGUUGAGACAGAGUCUCAAGCUGUUGCCCUGCGUAGAGUGCGAUGGCGUCGUAGCUCACAGCAACCUCCAACACUUGGGCUCAAGCGAUCCUCUUGCCUCAGUUUUUCCAUUUUUAGUAGAGACGAGGUCUCGCUUUUUGCUCAGGCUGGUCUGGAACUCAUGAGCUCAAGCAGUCCACCUGCCUCGGCCUCCCAGAGUGCCAGGAUUACAGGCAUAAGCCACCGCACCAGUCCCCCUGACUAAAUUUCUAAGUGUUCCUAGUCUUCAUGCUAAAUUUCUGCAACAGGAUGUGGCUUCUGCCCCCCAACACCAGAUUUCAGUGGGAAAGCUGGCUCCUGAAUCCGAAGCGUGGUUGGAGUGGGGUGAUGCCUGGCCCCCAUCCAAGAUCUGGGGGCCAUGUUCCAGCCACCGAGCCCUGUCCCACUUUCGAUUCCACAGGCUCCUGCUGAUCUUACUGCUGCUGCUGCCCAGUCAUGUGUGCUGCCCCACGCAACACACGCGUGGGUGCUGGGGUGACAUGGGGCAAGGAAAGGCUUGACUGGACAUCCCUUGUACAUGCUGGAUGGGCCCUUGGACCUGGCCUAUGGGAGGGAGAGGAGGGCGGGAUUGGGCCCAAGGGUGGGGCCUUGUUGACCCCUCCUGCUCUGCUCCAAUCUGAGGCUGGGCUGCUGCCUGCAGCGCCCCACUGUGGCCCUAGAGUGGCCCUGGGGCGCCCACUUCGGUCCGAGAACUCCGGCAGCUUAGCCAGCAGCGUAUGGGGCGUGGCUUGGUCGUACCUGGAAAACGAUUGGCCAAGGACCUAAGGUUUGUCUCUGAACAGCAACGGGAUUGGUCUGUAGGGCGUCCUGCUUUGAACUGCACUUAGGCCUAGGAGGCUGAUAUGGGUGGGGCCUCCGAGCGAGUCGCAGACGCACUUGAAAGUGGUUGGAUUACAGAAUUCAGAGGGAAUGAUCUAACCUCCAAGACUCCGGAAGGCUGUGCACUUGUAAAGGGACUGGCAAGGG